AUGAAUUUACGGACCUUAUAUAAUAUAGCCUCAGCAGCAGCCGCUGUUAUAGCUGCAGCCACUUCCCAGCAGCAACAGCAGCAGCCACAUACAAACAACAACAACACCACCCUCAGCAGCAGUAGCAGUAGCAAUCCCAAUAAUCUAUUGAAUAAUACCAGCAGCAACAGCAGCAGCAACAACAUCAGCCAUAAUUGUAGUACAAUUAAUGUUAGUGUUAGUGGCAGUAGUAAUAAAGCAUCCUUAACUAGUUUAGUGCCAACAUCAUUAAAUGUUGCAGCAACACCUUCCUCCUCAGCCUCCCUAACGCCUCGCUCUACUAGUCGCAAUAGUUUAGAUUGUACAAAUAUGGCCAAUUUACUGGCCACACCGGCUUCAUCUGACUUGUAUGACAAUGAGCUGACGAUACAUAAAAUCUAUAAAUGUUGCAGCAAAUUGGCCAAUCAACCCCAAUUGUCACCAUUGACCAGCCAGCAGAAUUUAAAUGCCAGCAGCGGCUCUAUGUGUAUAAAUAAUUGUGGCAGUGCGACAAGUGUUAGUGGUGGUGUUGUAACGACUGGCAAUACAACCCACUCUUCCCAUACACAUCACCAUAAAAGUCUGCCUGGCAAAGCAACAUCGUCUUCUUCCAGCUGUUGCCCCAGCGAUAAUUGUAAUGAUUGUCAAAUGUCAGCGGCUGCAGCAGCAGCUGCCUCUUUUCAAUUGGCCAAUCUGUUGGGUUCGACCAUGCUAUUGCCACAUGUGGCCUCCACAACGACGAAAACCGCUGGCGGCUCUUCGUCUUUGGGAAACUCUCAAAAUACAAAACUAAACACCACCAGCAAAUCGUCUAGUUCUUCUGCCAUAAAUAUUUCCAGCUCAUGUUUAAAAAAUCUUAGCAACAAUGUUGCCUCGGGCGGCAUUAGUUCUCUAGCAACAUCAGCCUGCACAUUGUCAACAUCGUCCUCGUCUUCGUUAUCAUUGAUAGCAAUGCCAAAGAAACUAAAUACCACCAUAUUUCAAUGUGAAUUUUGUUCCUUUUCCUGUUCUUGGAAAUACGAUUUAAAACUGCACAUGCGUCAGAAACACGGCAUACACAAUAAGAAAAUGUAAAUGUUGCUGCAACAUUGAUUUUGAUGAUGAUGUGUUU